AUGGGUGACCCUAUGGACAACGAAGAACCCAAGCGCCCUAAGCGUUUCCCCAAUGAGCAGGCCAUCAUCUGUGAACCGGAAGAUGAAGUCCACCGUCGUCGAUUCCGCACCGGCUCCCCCCCAGCAACCCUCCUCUGUGAAUUCCCCGAUCCCGCCCCCAAGGCCACCCUCAACCAAUUCCGCUUCGAGCUCGUCCGCGACAAGGGCGCCGAGCCUGGGCUGUUCGGCUAUCUUGGAAAAUACGUAUGUGCCACCCACCUCGUCUGGAGCAUGUGUGCUGCUCUUGCGGAUUGCAAUAUCGACCCAGAAUGGACCAAGACUUUUGAGAUGUGGCGUCCGCAGUGGCGGGAGUUCUCGAAGAGCUUUGAAUACCAUGGAAACACGGAGCGCACUGUGGUUAUUGCUCCCUCGCCGGUUCGUGAGAUGUGGAUCCAGCGGCCUGAUAAUAGGGAGGUGUUCAAGCUUCGGGUUGAUUAUUUCCAAGAGAGAGAGCGUGAUCGGGAUGAUUUGGAUGAUCUUUGGAAGUUCAUGCUGAAGGUUCCCCUGAAGCAGAUUGUGGAUAAAGCUUUCCUUAUUACCCUCAAGCAUGAGUCUUGGUUCCCCUAUGAAUAG